GUAAAGAGGCUACUAUGCAAACACUGCUGGUCCUUUAGCUUAUUAGGAACAAGCGGUCAUGUUUUCAUUUAGGUAACGGGUGUGUUAAUAUCUGUGUAUAAAGAGGAUCAUCACUCUCUACAGUCUUAGUGUUACAUCACUGACCAUGAACAAGAUGAAGAAGAAGCUGCCUGAGCAGAUCCUGAAUCACAUCCUGGAGAUUCUCUACCUGCUGACGGGAGAGCGUGUGACUAACUUACUGACAGCGAGUCACAUGAGCGGGGACAAGAUGACAGCAGAGAGGAUACUGACCCACACCCUGCAGAUCAUGCACCUGCUGACAGGGGAGGUGCCUAUAAAGUGUGAUGAUGUUGCUGUGUAUUUCUCUAUGGAGGAGUGGGAGUAUAUAGAGGGACACAAGGAGCUUUACAAGGACGUCAUGAUUGAGACUCACCAAGCACUAACGACUAUGGAGAUCCCAGGAAAUGAGAGCUCAGGUGAAAACAAUGCUAAGAUUUUAUGUAACACAAAACAAACAGAAGAUCAGUGGCGAAGUAAUAUGUUAGAAGCAGCAAAGCAGGAAAUAUGUGACGAUAUAACUACAGGUGAAAAUGAUGCUAAGAUUUCAUGUAACACGGAACAAACAGAAUAUCAGUGUGUAAGAAAUAUCCCAGAAGCUGCAGAGCAGGAAAUAUGUGCCAAUAUAAAUACUGGUGAAGUCAAAAGCUGCAAUAAUCUUAGUUAUGGCCACAGAGAAGAUGCUUCUUUUAAUCUUCUUCAAAAUCAAAUAAGUAAUGUGGGAAAUUCAUGUUCUGAAUGUGGGAAAUGUUUUACCUUGAAAUCAAGUCUUAUUAGACAUCAGAAAAUUCAUAAAGAAGAGAGACUAUUUUCAUGUUCUGAAUGUGGAAAAUGUUUUAUCCGGAAAUCACAUCUUAUUGGACAUCAGAAAAUUCAUACAGGAGAGAAAGCAUUUUCAUGUUCUGAAUGUGGAAAAUGUUUGACCCGGAAAUCAAAUCUCAUUAAUCAUCAGAAAAUUCAUACAGGAGAAAAGGGAUUUUCAUGUUCUGUAUGUGGGAAGCGUUUUACUGAGAGAUCACAUCUUAUUACUCAUCAUAAAAUUCACACAGGUGAGAAGGCAUUUUCAUGUUCUGAAUGUGGAAAAUGUUUUACUCUGAAAUCUCAUCUUAUUGUGCAUCAUAAAAUGCAUACAGGAGAGAAAGCAUUUUCAUGCUCUGACUGUGGGAAAUGUUUUACUCAUAAAUCAACUCUUAUUGUGCAUCAGAAAAUUCAUACUGGAAAAAAAGCAUUUUCAUGCUCUGACUGUGGGAAAUGUUUUACUCAUAAAUCAACACUUAUUAACCAUAAGAGAAUUCAUACAGGGGUGAAAGGAUUUUCAUGUUCUAAAUGUGAGAAAUGUUUUACUCAGAAAUCAGCUCUUAUUAGGCAUCAAAAAAAUCAUACUAAAGGAAAUCAGAGCUUAACCUCUUAAGUGCAGAGGGUGACAUAUUUAUCACCUACACAAUACCCAGUGCUGAUAGUGACUAUAUGAAAUUCCCCUGCGGCGUGCAAUUUUGGAGCUGUUUGAGCCCCCUUCUGCACUUCAAGCAUUUACAAUAUGAUUUAGUAUAAUUGUCAUCGGGGGGGGGGGGUUCCUAUAUAGGUUUGAAUAGUCAAAUGAUCAUCUGGAGCCCCUUUGUACAGAUGGAAGUUAUACAUAUAACUAAAAGUCUUUAUUUAUAUGAUGGCAUUUUUGAAAUAUAGAUACUGUUGAGGGCAUUGUAGUCAGGUGAUCAAUGAGGUGACAAUGUUUCGACCAAAUGUUUGACCAAAUAAAUGUGUGUAAAGUGUGGCCCCCACAUAAACAUCAAAAAUUCAAGCGGCCUCAAAAAGGCCUUGUCUGGAUUAGGAUAGCCCUCAGCUACAUAAAAUGCAUUGUGUUGAAAUAAAACAAAAUACAUUUUUUUUCCUUUUGAAGUUCAAUUGCUAAUUUCUACAUAAAAGCACUGUUAUUUUACAUUUCUGCUUUUUUUUAUUAGAAAGGUGUGCUAACACAAGUACAGACCAACGUAAUUAAAAUAUGCCUUUUUCUUUCA